AUGGAUGAGGGAAAGCAGAGAUUGCUUCAGUGGUUAAGUGAAGCUUCAGGUGAAAGAGUUGUAAACUGGGAAAGAGUUAGUCAAGGCGAUGUUAUUUGCUAUAUUCUUUAUCGUAUGUCUCCGAAAAAUAUAAAUCUUAAGAAAGUAACAGAUGGUGUCGAUCGAUUUGCACGUGUUUGCAACUGGCGUAUAUCAGCACAAGCAAUGCGCACGCUUAAAAUAGGUUGGGCUUAUGAUGAAGUCAAAUUAGUUAUGGCUGAUCAGCCUGAGCUUGCAAGAUUAGUCCUUUCAUUACGUAGAUGGGAAACAAAGAACUUAGAAGAGCCAUUAGAACCACCAGCUCCUGAAGAAUGGGCAGAUCCAGAUUUACCUGCAUGGUUUACUCAACAGACUGCAAAAGAAAUCGAAGAAAAGAAGCUUGCUGCUGGAGAAGCUCGUAAGAAACCUGUUGUUAAGAAGGAAAAACCAGUAGAGAAAAAGCCCCCAAGACAAUCUCUUCAUGACUACAUUUAUGCAAAGAAAUAA